AUGGCGACGACGCAGCAGCAGGAGAAGGUAGUGCGCAGCUACGUGCACUCCGGGUGCAUCUACGUGGCGGAGAUGCGCCGCCCCCGCGCCAAGAACGCCUUCAACGACGCGCUGUACCAGCAGCUGACGGCAGCACUGGACGAGUUCGAGGCCGACGACUCGCUGCAGGCCUUCGUGCUCACCGGCCACGGCGACUACUUCACCAGCGGCGCGGACGUGAAGGAGACGGCCGCCAUCCUGGGCGACGGCACCAUCCGCCCGCCCUCCAAGAGCCCGUCGCACGCCUUCAUGCACAAGAUGCUGGACUGCAAGAAGCUGCUGGUGGCGGCCGUCAAUGGCCCGGCCAUCGGCAUCGGCGUGACGCUGCUCAUGCACUGCGACCUCGUGUACGCAGCGGACAGCGCCACGUUAUGGACGCCGUUCCUGCGCAUCGGCGUCGUGCCGGAGUUCGCGUCGUCCUACACGUUCCCGCAUCUGCUGGGCCCCACCGUGGCGAACAACCUGGUGAUCCGCUCCAAGGUGUACAAGGCCCAGGAGGCGCUGGACGCCAAGAUUGUGGGCGAGGUUUUCCCCACGAACGGCUUCCUGGAGACGGUGCUCGCGGAGCUGACGCCGCUGGUGACGAACCGCUUCAACCGCACCAGUCUUCCUGUGUACAAGUCGCUGCUGCGCCGUGAACGCGCACCGAAGAUCCGCGAGGCGCUGUUCUACGAGUUCGAGCAGCUGGACCGGCGCGCGGCGUCUGGUGAGUUCCUGGCGACCGUGAUGGAGCUCAAGAAGCAGUUCAAGACUAAAAGCGCCAGCAAGUUGUAAGUUGCCAGCGGAGUUCACUCGAUAGUUGGCUAUAACCGAAGUGACACGAGCUGUGUGGUACAAAACUGUUUGACU